AUAGCUCUUUUAUUGCGUGCGGUGAAAUAUCCGAAUCGCUGUCUACGUGUUCUUGAAAUGUACAGCCUGUACAUAGUCUGGUGAAGAGAGAUCUGCCAGAACUUGCCAGAACUGCACAGUCAGAGGACGAUGCUAUAUCUGGUAGUGCUUACGUAACCCGUUUUACCGCCAUAAAAUUCGUUUUCCAAGGGAUUCGCUUCUUCGUCUUUCACCACCAUCCUCUUCCUUACGUUCACGAUGCCAGUACCAGAACUUUCACUAUCAGUUCCCCCGUCUGCACAAUGUACACCUCCAGAGCUUAGCCCAUCAUCGAGCCCGACGAGCGCAAAUCGAACGAACACGCUGGUUGUCGCCUCCCUUCCACCGCCGUUCUUCGAUGCUCUUGUCUUGAAUGCACUCAGAGAUCAUUUUACUUCAUUCGGGCAAUUACAUACAUGGGCACCGCUACGGUCAUUCGCCAGAAUUCUACUGGUAUAUUACUCGGAACAUGACGCCGAAAUUGCUAAACAAAGCUGUGAUAGCCUCGUCGUUGGACCUUUGCCUGGCAUUGCAGAAGUUACGAUCAGAGUAUAUCGGGCAGAUCCCACGCCAGUAUCGCCUGGUGGAUCAAAUUAUCUACGACCACCCGAGAUCGAGAAGAAUUUCUUAAUUUCGCCACCAGGUUCACCACCCGUAGGCUGGGAACCUAUUCGUGAAGAGCCACCUAACGGUACACCACUUGCCGCCGAUCUCGCUGUUGCAUUGCGGAAGCUCCAGCUUCAGCGUGAAUCGAAGCACGGUAUUGAGGUCCUGAUCGAACCCGAUGACGGUCCCGGUAUUGGUAUCUACGUCGAGGACUGCGAUGCUAUGGAGGAAACUGAACCCAGUGAGGAUGACUGGGUGUAUGGCGAGCCUCCUCCGUCGCGCUUGCAGUACAAGCCAAUACCAACGGCGUUACCUCCGAUGGCCGUUGGUGCUUGAAUAUACCUUGUGAGUGUUGCCUUUCCAUAACUUCUCGGGGCGUUAUUUUUCGACGUGCUUCGUGUGAUGAUAAACUUCUCAGACCUGUACCGAUCUCCCAAAGGGAAUGCGGAUAUCCUAUAUUGCAUCUUUUUAUCUGAUCUUCUGCAUCGCGUUCAUGAUAAAUAUAAAUAUUCACGCUGACCCUUGCUUUCCACACAGGUCCUUUUCAGCAUUGUCUUUUCCGGGCACUUCAUCUGUAUCAUGGCAUGUGAGUAUCCUGUCUCCGUUAUGUAUCCCCAUUUUGUUCGCGUAGGAUGAGAAACAUUCAGACCUGUUCUGAAACUACAAGAAGAAACCCAAACAUUGCCAAUUGUUCCUUCUGAUGCUCCUUCCAACUUAGCAUUUAUGCUAUACGAACAUCCUAUGCUAAUCUACCUCUUUCAGGGACUGCGCAUCUUUUUCUGUAUUCUCUACUCGGUUGGACAUUGUAUAUUGGCUGGAUUAUCUCUACUGUGCAUUAUGAUUUUACUUUACUCAUUCUCAAUAGCUUUCGCAUUUAUAUAUUGUCAUUAUGUGACGCACGUACACAGAUCUC